AUUUGGCGCCGUUCAGUUAUCGAGUGGCUGGCGACCAGUGCGGUCGCAAAAUUUUGUGAGGGUGAAAAACGUGCUGCUGCUAUUUGCCCAUAUUUCAUUAUCAGUGUGUUGUCAAUCCUUGCUGUGAAUCGUGUGCAAUUUGUCAUCGAAAUUUUUGUCCACUAAUCACAAGAAAAGUUUAAGAAAAAUGGCUGAGAUGCUGUCGAUUAAAAUGUCGAAAUUCGACAACCAACCUUGGGGCUUCCGACUACAAGGCGGUAUCGACUUCUGCGCUCCUUUAACUGUUCAAAAAGUGAACGGAGGCAGUUUGGCUGAAAAGGCAGGACUUCGUGUCGGAGAUGCGCUGAUCCGCGUCAACACGACGGACAUUUUCCAAUUGCGUCACAAAGAGGCUCAAGAUGCCGUGGCCAGGGCCGGCAACAACUUCGAACUCGUCGUCAGCAGGGGUGGAGGAAUGCCCAAAACUGCUGUCAAACCCAACGAUGUUCUCGACAACAUCCUACCCGUUGCCGCACCACCCGCGCCCGUUCAGCAGCCGUUGAUUCACAAAUCGUUGAAUUUAACGGCAAAACCUUUCGUCCGUUGCACCUACUCGCCUCCGACUUCAGUCUCCUACCCCGACAAGAAGGCGAAAGAAUCGAGUGAAUUCAACAAUAACAACAACAAUAACAACUACCUGACGUCGCCACCGUUUUCCGAUAAAGAUUAUUCUUUGCCGAAUUACGUUUCUUCUUCGUACAACAGUUUACCCAAAUGUUAUGGUAGUGUCGCCAACGACGAGACGAACCGGGCCAAAGAAUUGCUUACUCAACAAUUGGCCGUUAUGCGCAUUCAACCAACGUUGCCACCUGUUCGAUCCGCUAACAGCACACCUCUAGUCAGCACACCUGCAUUACCUUCGUCACUAACCCUUAACAAAUGCAACAGUAAAACCGAUGGCAGUGGUGUCAAGAUAGUCAACCGCCAAUUCAACUCGCCCAUGGGACUUUAUUCUGAAGAAUCGAUCGCAGAAACUCUGUCAUCGCAGGCAGAAGUCCUGUCCCAGGGAGUUCUCGGAGUGAAUUUUAAGAAAAACGAUAAAACCUACGAUCCAGGCAACAGCGAAGUGUUCAAAAUGAUCCAGGAGAUGGACAAGGCACCUAAGGAACCCGAGCCAGGUAUUGACAUUGAUCCAGCCGACGCAUCGCCGGCUCAGAAGGGUCUGGCAUCUCGCACGAUUCAGUCUCGCACCUUCCAGCGCAUUCAUCAGCAGGCCCUUCGGUCUUUAGAAACAUCGUCUUCGUCAAAUCCAACAUCACCCAUCCUAUCCCCCAAUACUAGCAUGGAAGAGCGUCAUCAAGGUUUUGCUCAUUCUGCAACUCCUACCCACAAGCCAAUGUCGUUCAACUCGCCCGUCACCAUGGUGGCCAACAACUUUGGAGGAAGUGCUCUAUCACCCAGUGCUCAUCAUCCUCCACCUGUAGGAGGCGUCCGGAUUUUCCCGGCUGCUCCGGCUCCCGUUAAGCCGCAAGUCAAGAUCGACGAGUUAUUUGAACAAGUGGAGAGCAGCAAUACCAUCAGCUCAAUGAUGAGCACCAUCGUUUCUUCUUCUUCCUCUUCUGUCCACCAGAGCGCUAGUACUAUCACUACCAUUGAAGAAACUGUGGCGGUCACGAACGAAAUGACCUCUGACGAGCCGGCCGCAGUUUACGGUCCACCUCCUCCGGCUGUGAAAUCGGUUUCGUUUACUCCGGCUGCCCGUCCAUCAGGUGGCAAUAAUAUGCCACCAGCCAAUUUCAGUGGCAAUCGAGUCGUCUGGCCACCGGUGGCUUCUGAACCGGAAGAAACUUACCGGAAUGUUGUGUCGCCUGCUUUCGCACCCCCAUCCGCACCAUUACAACAAAACACGCUUGGGGUGGUUGAUAGCGAUGGAAUUCCUUUUGUUCUCGAUGGUUUCACUCCCUCACCUUUUGCUGCUCCUACCCCCGCUGUUGCCAAUGUUGUCGAACCACCAGCCCCAACUCCCGCUGUUGUUGCUCCCGUGGCAGAACUCCCUGUACCUACACCGGUCGUAGAAGCUCCCGUUCGUAUGCCCAGUCCCGUCGCUUCGGGGCCAUACCCGACGCUGACGGGAUUGAAGGCCGGCCCUAGUGUCUUAGGCUAUGGUGGUGAUGAUGAUGGAACGACGCUAGUGAGCAAGCAAACAGAUAUUGGCCAAAUGCAACAACAACAACAUCAACACGAACCAUCCAACCCCGGUCUCGCAGGCUUUGGCUCGGCGGCAGCUGUGGCUGCAUCGGCGGCGAUGGCGGCCCAGGCGCAACACCAAGCUCCCCAACUUGCACCGCAACCACCCAAAGGAGCCGGUUCAGGCAUCCAGUCAGCACCCAGACGUGGCAAAGGUGUCCUUAAUCAGCAGGUAGCCGCUGGAGCUCGCGUACCCGUUUGUUCUUCUUGCAAAGCUCAAAUUCGAGGCAAGUUCGUGACGGCUCUAGGUCAGACUUGGUGUCCGAAUCAUUUCAGCUGCGCCAUGCCCGAUUGUAAACGUGAACUGCACGACAUUGGAUUCGUCGAAGAGAAGAAGCAACUCUAUUGCGAAGGAUGUUUCGAGACCCACCUGGCUCCCAACUGUUCCCGCUGUUCAAAACGCGUCAAAGGCGAUUGUUUGAAUGCGAUUGGCAAGCAAUUUCAUCCUGAAUGCUUCUCUUGUACUUACUGCGGUUCACUUUUCGGCAAUAGUCAUUUCUAUUUGGAAGAUGGUCUGCCUUACUGCGAAGCUGAUUGGAAUGAGCUUUUUACCACCAAGUGCUACGCUUGUGGCUACCCGAUCGAGGCUGGUGAUCGUUGGGUUGAAGCUAUGAAUAACAAUUACCACAGCCAAUGCUUCAACUGUUCGGUUUGUAAAAAGAAUUUGGAAGGACAGAGCUUUUUGGGCAAAGGUGGUCGACCGAUGUGCAAAAGCCACGCCCGCUAAAAAUUCAAAGGGACGCCUGUUGGAAUGGGACAUUCGGCGGAUAUUCUUCUUUGGUGAAAAAAAAAAAGGGGGGAAGAGAAAAUAUGUGUUUUCUUAUUUUUUAGUCAUUACCACCACCACACGAAUGAUACGUCAUGUCCUAUCAAUUGUGAUUGGACGUUUCUUUUUGGUCUUUAAUGCUCUCUUAUUCUUCCUCUAUUUUAAUCCUUUUUCAAAAAAAAAACUCCUAGUUCCUGUAUAAUGGCGCUUCCUCCUUUAUUAUUCUCCUUUUUUUUUUAAUCAGAUUCUUUUUUUUUUAUAGAGAAUUUGGGUUGUACCCGAACAUGUUUUUUUUUUCCCGCGCGUGUGCUGUUUAGUUUGCUAUUCGUAUUUUUUUUCCUGCUUUCCCUUCACAAAUUUUACCCACGAUUCGAUUGCUUUUACAGCUUGGGAUCAUCGAAGGAAAAAAACAAAAUAGGUAUGACACACAUCUUAAUAUAAUUACAGCCCCACUUUAGUCAGUGUCUAGACCCCCCCA